UUGGAAUAAACAAAAACAGAGUAACCGUCUGUGCACAGACUCAGGCUUGACGUUUAAUUCAGUUGCACGUGUGACUUCGGCGAUCUAGCAUUCAUUUUAUAUAGGGCUCAAUUACAAAAUAGAAAAAUGGGUUUUGGAAAUAGUUCAUUGUUUUUGAAGAUAACGUUUGUUUUACUGAUAGUUGCCUUCGUAAUACAGCUUCUAGCUCUGGCUAUUCCUUAUUGGUUCAGUGCUGACAAUUCGGGAGUCGAGACCUAUGGGUCUCUCUUUCGGGGCUGUAGUAAGGUCAACGCAAAUUCCAACUCGUAUAAAAGCUGUGGAAAGUUUAAAAAUCUUACAAGCUGGUGGGAGGCGACACAAGCCUUUGAGGUGAUUGGCAUCCUGCUCAUCAUAGCGGCCUUAAUUCUUGUCAUCGUGGUCAUCUUUGUCAAGGACAUGAAAGUACUUAAACUCGUCGCCUUCAUCUUGAGCUUCUGCGCAUGUGGAUGCAUUCUUCUGGGUGUGAUUAUAUGGGGAGCAGAGGCUUUCUAUCCAUACGACGAAUACUCGGGCAGCUUUGCUUUGGCCAUCAUAUGUAGUAUCGUGAUGCUGGUCGCAGGAAUCCUCGGACUCUUGGACUGGAUGGGCAAAGGGAAAUAAACAAAUGACUUCAGAGGGUGUUAUUCCCCUUCCAUCUUGCGCUCCGGGAACUAUUUCAUUUUCUACCCGAAUGCUGUGUCACACAUACUAUUAUACGAAUUGAAGAGUCUCGGGUACCGAAUAAUGCCAAAUGUCGAGGGAAGGGUUUUAGCCAUACCUAUUAACUCAUCAUAUGCAUAACCACAAAGACAAUUUACGGAGUAGUUGCUUGCCUGCCCUUGUAUAUUACGUUCGAAGCUUGGCGUGGAGUUGAUGCUUUUGUAUAUAUAUUUAUGCUAUACAUUUGUCUGUGUAUUACUAGUCCCGGUGUGCCUGGCUUACAAAGAUAUAGCGGCAUUCGCUUAUAGUUGUAUGCUGAAAGUUCUGUUUCUCUGUCUUCCCAACUAAUAUGGACCAUAAUUAGUUCAGCUUAUGUGUGUAAGUUACAAUUACGAUGCUAUGAUAUUUCACGAUGGAUUCCAUAACGGAAAAAGACCCGGUUAAGUAAUUAAGCGUCUACUGGCCAUUGUUUGGAUGAAACUAUGUGCAAAAGUGAUGUUGCGACCAUGAACAAUAAGUCAUAUGAUUUGUAUGAGGUUUGAGAGACAUAAAUUAAAACUGUUUUAUAUGUA